AGAGAAUAGGUAUAAUAACCGGCCGAUCGCUUCCCGUUGAGAAAUUGUUCUGUUUGAGGUUAUGUACAAAAUAUAGCACACAUAGCACAUUUUUUAAAGUAUAAUGACGGUACUACAAUAGCCACGAACAAUGUAUUUUUUGCGCUGAUCUUAAUCGAUCAAUCGUCUUUUUGAUAUAACUACAUUCGUGCCCAUGGAAUUCAUGCGCUCAAAUGUGUACCAUUAAGUAUUUACUUGACAAUUUACUCUAAUAACGAAGUGAUAAGUGUGUUAUUAUAAAUAAAGGACAUUGUUUGAUUAAAGAUUGUGUUAUUGCAAGUGCUCGAUGUAGUACUGAGGAAACUUACAAAUUGUGAUAAUGUCCAUGCCAUGAGCAGAGAGUAUAUAUGAGCUUGACUAUGUCAUGAGUGCGCUUGACUGUACUUCGUGUGACAAUGCAGUUGUGUAAUUUUAUUGUUUAUUAACACUUGUUAGACGGGCAGGUUUGUUAAGUAAUUUGUGUUUGAUGUUGAACACCAUUUUUAAGCGUUAUUAAUGUUGGACACUAUUUUUUUCUUAAAUGUUAUUUCUAAGGAACUUGAGUGGUACGUGUGCUCGUGUUUCAUCCAUUCGCUCUUUCCUUCCGAAAUCUCGACCCUUAGCCAGAAAAAUGCAUAAAGCGUACUUGCAUCAUGAAGAAGGAUCCGAAACUUUUCAGCUGUGUAUAAGUGUUAAGGAUAGUUCACUGUCUGUAGACCGCCAGUUCAAUUUCAAAAGACAGGUUACGGAAAGUGUGAAUUCUUUUUUGGGUAGGGUCAAUACUAAUCUCGAAAAAGUAUACGAAAAGAAGAAAAAGAGAAAGCAAAAUAAAGCUCCUGCCAACGAAGAAACAAGCUCAGAGACUUCUGUAAUUACGAUUGAUUUGUUAAGUAAUGGCUCAACAGUACCUCGUGACACAAUAUGUAAGGAUGUAUUGUUUGGAAACAACAAACUUCUUUUAAUAGUUUGUGGUACAGAAUAUGAAGUUGUUGUGAAUGCCCCAUGGAUAAAUGUUCUUUCACUUCCAACAAGUAUAAUGGCAGGUUUUCCUGUGUAUCCCAAUAAGUUAGAAACCUCAUUUUUCAAUAGAAAUAAAAGUCUCUUUUCAUGGUAUCGAUGCACAAAAGACAAACAAGAAGAGUGGAGUAAAGUUGGAGAUGAUUAUUAUUACACUCCCACAAAUGAUGACAUUGGAUGUCUUCUCAAAUUCUCGUGUACACCUGGAAAUGACAGCACACAAGGGCCAUCAUUUGAUGUAGUGUCUAAAAAUCCUGUGCAAGCAGGCCCUGGUCAUUGUCCCUUUGAAACUCGUCAUUUAUUCACUGGAGAACGAGUAAAUUGGCCAAGGAUAGUUUCAUAUAACAUAUUAGCUGAUUUAUAUGCUGACUCUGAGACAGCCCGGAAUCAAUUAUAUCCAUAUUGCCCAGCGUAUGCUAUAGGAAUCGAUUAUAGGAAACAAUUGAUCUGCAAGGAACUCAUAGGUUACAAUGCUGAUAUAUUGUGUUUGCAAGAAGUUGACCAGAAGGUUUUUAUUAACGAUCUGGACCCUUUACUCUCCUACUUGGAUUACAAAGCAGUAUUUUCAAAGAAGGGUGGUCAGGUUACAGAAGGACUUGCGUGUUUCUUCCACAGUUCCAAGUUUAGAUUAGUCAGCUCUCACACCAUUUGUUUGGCUGAAGAGCUACCAGAAAAUCCUGUAUUUAUAGAUUUGUGGGAAAAGCUGAAAGAUAAUACAAAUCUCAUAACAAGGUUUAAGGAUAGAACAACCAGUUUACUGGUGACAAUAUUACAAAGUACAAGCAAUCCUGAUGAAAUACUACUUAUUGGAAAUACCCAUUUAUAUUUUCACCCGGAUGCAGAUCACAUCCGCUUACUACAAGCAGGAAUGAUAAUGCUGUACAUGGAACAUCUUCGUAUCAAUCUAUCUUCUUCGAUGCCUAAUUCCAGUGUAUCUCUAAUUAUGUGUGGAGAUUUCAACAGUACUCCUGAUUGUGGAGUGUUUCAAUUGAUGACGACAAAGUUUGUGCCUGACGAUUUUAAGGAUUGGGAAAGCAAUGCACAAGAAGCUAUAAAGAACAUUUCUCUUUCUCAUUCAUUCCUUCUUGAAAGUGCAUGUGGUACACCAGAAUAUACCAAUUUUACUGUUGGUUUUGUUGGAUGUCUAGACUACAUUUUCUACCAGUGUGAUAGCAUGUCAGUAUCUCAGGUAAUUCCUUUUCCACUCGAAGAAGAAGUCAAGGAGCACACAGCUUUACCAAGUGUACUUUUCCCUUCAGAUCACAUAGCUCUGAUAUGCGAUCUAAAACUGGAAAAAGUGGGACACAAAGAAUAGUAUUUUGAUGCUAAUGAAUUUACUCUUUGUUGUCUAAUUUACGUGUAUAUUAAAAUAAUUUACUGUAAAAAAGGUGUAUAAAAUUUGUAAUUUUAAUUUAUUUAGAAAUAUUAAAACUGGGAACCCAUUUUCUUUCCAAAUACUGGUUGCAUCAUUUUCCCCCAUCAAAAUUUCAAGAAUAACUGAUUCACAUAAAUAUGAUUAACAAUAGUCUUAUUGUUACGGAAGGUACAAUUUUUCCAGUAUUCAACUCAUAUAGUCAACCUUGCCACUUGCCAGAAUACCAGCAGAAAAUGCCUAGAACCAUUCAUCAGUCCUCAGUCAAAGUGAAAAUCACAAGAUCUCCAGUGUUGCCACUCAAUGAGGCACGUACCACAGCACUAGCUAUUACACUUUUCGAUGGGAAGGAUCGCAGCCUCCUUUAAUAGUAUUGAU